AUGGCCGGAGGAAAAGGAAAGGCUGGAAAGGACUCCGGAAAGUCCAAGUCUAAGGUCGUCUCGAGGAGCGCUCGAGCUGGACUCCAAUUCCCAGUCGGACGUAUUCAUCGUUUCUUGAAGCAGAGAACCACUUCCAGUGGACGUGUUGGAGCCACAGCCGCAGUUUACAGUGCCGCAAUCCUCGAGUACCUUACUGCUGAAGUUCUCGAACUCGCAGGAAACGCCUCCAAGGAUCUUAAGGUGAAGCGUAUCACCCCGAGACAUCUCCAUCUCGCCAUCCGAGGAGACGAAGAGCUCGACACUCUCAUCAAGGCAACCAUCGCCGGAGGAGGAGUCAUCCCACACAUCCAUCGUUACUUGAUGAACAAGAAGGGAGCUCCAGUUCCAGGACAAAAGCCAGGAGCACCAGGACAACCACAACAAUGA